AUGAAGACAGCUAGGAAGUCAAAUAACACGGACCCUCCACCCAAAAUCCCUAAACCGAAUGAUACCCUGCCCGCUGAAGGUGAAAUCGUUAGCUGGCAAAAUCUACAUGCAGAUUUCCAGGAAUUGUCUAACUGUGGAAAAGAACGUAAAAAUUGUACUUAUGAAUCGAAUAAACCGUCAGUUCUAGCAAUGAAAGCUUAUUGUCAACGCCUAUUCGAAAUGAAUCGUACGACACCAACUCGAAAGUUUAAUCAAACAGAGAAAUAUGACAUGACCCACCACAUUCAAUCCUCCAUGCCUUGUACAACUUCAUCGCGGAACAUGAAUGUAUCUGCUGGUUCAAUCCCGGGACGCAAAAGAAUCGCGUUAACAAGUACAGAACUAUUUCGAUUAGAACGCCAAUUAGGAAUGCACAUACAGAUGUUGACUACAAGCUUCCUGCUCACUUAUGAUUUUCCUGAUAUACAUGAAUCAACUACUCGACCAUGUGCAUCUCUUCUGAAAACUCUGGUUGCCAAGCGUCAGGCUUUUGAUUCAGUCGCGCUUCAAAAGAAAGGAUCCAGUGCAGUUCAUUCUGUAACUAGCUUCUAUUGGCGUUGUCCUACUCUAGACAUGGCUGUUGAUUUGAUUUCUGAUUACGCUGGACUGUCUAUGCUUCCUCUUUUACCAUGGAAUCCUUAUAAGCAGAAAGCAGGACAUGCCGUGACUAAAUCGCAAUCAUUUGCCUUCCCGAUUCCAUACUGUUUAUUGGAAAUAAUGAUCAACAGUCCUAUUUGGUCUUAUGCUUAUUUAAUGCCUACCGUUUUGGGACCUCAUCCAAAAAGUCAUAUUCGGUUGAUGUUUCAUCCAUCAGAAGAUGCUUUGGUGAUAAUGGGACUGGCAGAUUUUUCAGGUGCUUUAAGCCAUUAUCGCAGAAUUCUUGAAUCUAAAAUGUUUAGUCAACAUCGUUUCUCAAGAGCUUUAAAUUCUCAAAAUAAACAACCAGGACGUUACAUUGCCUAUCGUUUAAUCUGUAGGCAUAUACUUCCACAUCGUACAUUUUUUCAACUGCGCUCUCGUCGAGGCAAUUUGUUAGCUAAUUGUGAUAGCAUAGAUAACGCAGGAGAUUCAAAACCAGUAUCAGUUGCCACUCGUUAUCUACUUCACCUAUACAAGGAACUAAGUCAACCGGGUGAAGUAGAUCUUGAAAGGAUCCAAAAAUAUGCUAAUGAAAUGAGUUCUCUUGCUAUUCCUUAUGGUAUACCACUGAUUACCGCAUGUUUAACUGAUAGGAAUCCUCAGGAACUGUUUACUUUCGAAGGACUUCCCACUGAAGUAGGCUAUGAGGAUGUAUUAGGUUGUAAUAACUUCGGCGAAAACGUAAAACGCAAGUUGGAUGUACUAACUGAAUUCACGCAAAAUGCAAACUGUUUUUGGAAAUCGCAGACAGAAAAAGCAUCUCGAACUAAAGAAACAGAAACAAACUGCUUGUCAGUUUUAGACAAAUCCAUGAUCAAAUUAGAACCACCUAUCCAAUGUGAUGUUCUCGGUCCAGAUCGCCAACCUGCUAUACCAGUUGAUCUUAAUCCUCAUGGCAGAACUGGUGAGUCUGGUUUGGUUGGAGUGACCGAGGUCGCAGAUGAACGCGGAUCAAUUUCCAAUGAAAACUCGACGAACUUACCAAGCUCAGAAACACAACACGAUCAUGUUUGUCAGCGUGCUACAUCACGUCAUAUUGAAUUCAUCUUAGCCCGUAUUAACAAACGAAAGUCAGACAGUUAUGCAAAUAAAAAUGAAGUGCAGAGCUUUGCAGAUUGCGAUAUUUCGAAUGGUAUUGUGACGCCCGAUGUUAGUGAUUUUAUUCAAGGAGAACAACAAUUUAAUGAAAUUCCAAAUAUUUUUGGAUCUUAUUACAAUUUUACUGGCAAUGUAGCGUUAGAUGCUUGUCAGAAGAUAGCUGAUUCUUUAGUGAACACCUUUCAUCUCGGUUUUGAUAGAUUUUUCGGUGAUUAUGGAGACAACAUUCUGAAGUCACCGUGUAUCUUUAACGCUGGUAAUUCUACUUCGUAUGUGAGCCCUGAGUGGCCCAGUCAUGUCCAGCCUGUUCCAGUUUUUAUUAGUGAUGAGUGUCAGAGCCAACCAGCUGGUAUUUUCCCUAGCGCCUGCUUCGUGUCUUCCAAUAGUUUUAUCGAACGCUGUCGUGCACGUGGUGAUGCCACUUCAGCUGACCUUCUAACUUUACCAUCUUCGAUUAUGGGUCAAUCACAAACGCUGAUGGAUGAAAUGGAUGUAAAGCGAGCGCGUUCCUUCUUAAAUCGAUGUCAAACUUAUAUGGCUCCCACUGAUUACCGGCGCAUGAUGCGCGCCUUGAUGAAUCUUAAUCAAGCUGUUGAUAAUCCCACAUCGGCGGGUAGUAAUCAUGAUGAGCAGUCGAGCAGAAAUGCAGUCCUGGUAUCUCUUGCACGUAUAUUGAAUUGUUUGAAAAACCAUGUGCAAUUGUGGGAAGAUUUCGUUUGCUUUCUGACACCAUCACAAGCCCGUAGUUUGGGUCUGCUGUCCACCUACUUAAAUUUAGCACGCAUUGGUAGAGUUCAAAGGGUUUUGCAAGAUAUUGUUCCUGGAAAUAGGAAGUUUUGGAGACGCUUGCGCAAAUUGGCAGACAAUUGCAGUAUUAAAGCACGUUAUAUGCCAGUUAAAAAGAAAGUAUAUGUGGGUCCCAAUGAUGCGCCUGCUGAAUUUUCAAACACAUCCGAAGGUCCCAGCAGUUUCAGUGAAAAGGUAUCUGAGGAAUCCAGACCACCCACAAAUCGUCUAUGA